AUGCAGCAGUGCGUGGAGCUGCAGCAGCAGCGGCAGUUGCAGCCUGUUUCUCCUACGGGAAGCAGCAGAACUGCCGCCUGCAGCAGCAGCAACAGCAGCAGAGACGCAGGGACACCACGCAGUGUGCGUUGUGCAGAUGCUGCUGCUGCCAUGGGGCUGCUCCCCAGGGAAGGAUCGCAGCAGCAGCAGCAGCAGCAGCAACAGCAGCAUCAAGUUUGUUCACCGAAUGAGCUCGCACAUCCUCGUGCUGCGUCUGUUUCCUACACGCUGCAGCAACAGCAGCAGGAGCCGCAACAGCAGCAGCAGCAGCAGCGACAGCAGCAACAGCAACAGCAGCAGCAGCAACAGCAGUCGGUGAGUUCCUCUUCAGCCAGAGCCCGUGACCCUCCGCUUGCCCUGUUGGAUGCUGUUGUUCGUCACCACAGCAGUAGCAGCAGCAGCAGCAGCAGCAACAGCAGCAGCAGCAGCUUUUGGGGGGCUACAAUGCGCAGCAGCGGCAACAGUCCUGCAAUUUCUGGUCUUGCUGUGAAUCAGCAGCAGCAGCCAAUGCAGCCAAUGCAGCAGCAGCCGCAACAGCGACUGCAGCAGCAGCAGCAGCAGCAGCAGCAACUGCAGCAGCAGCAGCAGCAGCAGCAGAGUAGCCCACUGUGGGAUAACGUGCACCCCCUUCAGCAGAUACAGAUGUCGCCCUUGUUGCAACAGAAGCCGCUGCGGCAACAGCUGCAGCAACCACAGCAGCAUAUGCAGCGACCUCAGCAGCAACUGCAGCAGCAACAGAGCAGCCCGCUGCGACAGCAGCAGCAGCCGCAGCAGCAGCAGUGCAGCCCGCUCCGACAGCAGCAGCAGCCGCAGCAGCAGCAGUGCAGCCCGAUCCGACAGCAGCAGCAGCAGCAGCUACAUCGUGCGUGGCAGCAGCAAGCGGCAUGGGCUCAGCAGCACUGGGCGAAGCCCCGGAGAGCUUGGAAUGCGUACAGCCUGCAGCUUAACAGCAGCAGCAACAGCAGCAGCAGCAGCAACGGUAGCGGUAGCAGAGGCAGCAGCAACAGCUACAGCAGCGGCAGCUACAGCAGCAGCAGCAGCAGCACGAGCGGCAGCUUCGGCGGUGCACCUCUGCUUUGCGGGGACCCCUCAACGCCACCUGUACCACACAGGCGACAGCAGCAGCAACAGCAGCCGCAGCAACAGCAGCAGCAGCAGCAGCAGCAGCAGCAGCCGACUCCUUGGAACCAACAGCACCAGCAGCUCCGGAACUGGCACAACCAGCAACUGCUGCAGCAUGCACAGCCGCGGCAGCAGCAAGAGCAGCAUCAGCUACAGCAGCAGCGGCGGGUGCUGCAGCAGCAGCAGUGCCUCCCUCGGGCCCCAGGGAUGCCGCAGAGGUUCCCAGCAACGGUGCAGCAGCAGCAGCAACAACAACCGCAGCAACAGCAGCAGCAGCAACAAGGGGGCGUGGUGUCGCUGCAACAACAGCAUCUGCAGCAGCAACAGCAGCAGCAGCAGCAGCAUCUCUGCUACCCGGUGCAGCAAAAUAAUCCCUGGCAGCGGUCUGAUCAGCAGCAACAGCAGCAGCAGCAGCAACAACAGCUACAACAGCAGCAGCCGUUGCAGCAGCAGCUACAGCAGCAGCAUCCACAACAGCAGGAGCAGCAGCAGCAGCAGCAACAGCAGCAGGAUUACUCGUGGCUGCGAGUGGAGUGGGGAGAAGAUAUAAUGGACUUGCUGGAGGCAGCAAGCGCAGAGGACUUAGCUUACAGCAGCAACGACAGCUCUACUGCAGCAGCUGCAGCAGCAGCAACAGCUGCAGGUGGAGACGGCGCAGCAGCAACGGCAUCAGCCGCUGCUUCUGCUUCUGCUUCUGCUGCUGCUGCAGCGAACACCGCAGCACCAGGAGGCGUUGGUAUUGCCCGCCGAAGGAGCAGCGGCAACAGCAGCAGCAGCAGCAGCAGCAGCAGCAACCGCAGCCGUAUACGGGCAGGCUGGGGCUCCGCUGCUGCUGCUGUGCUGCGCGUUGAUUUGAGGGAGGAGAUUUGUGUCAUUUGCUCUGAAGUGCUGCUGCAGCAGCAGGAGAUAGCUUCCUUGCCAACCUGCUGCCACCUCUUCUGCUUUGCGUGUCUCUACAAGUCAGUAUGGUGGGCUUCCAUUAGUAGCAGAUGUCCUCUUUGCUCGACUGCCUUUACUACCAUCGUUCGUCGGCGAGUUAGCGCAGCAGCAGCAGCUGCUGCUGCUGCUGCUGCGAGCCAAAAGCUUCCCGUAAAGGACAACCCCCAAGGCGCUGUGGUGAAGAGUGAACAGCAGCAGCAGCAACAGCAGCAGCAGCAACAGCAGCAGCAGCAGCAACAGGCGACCAGUUCAUCGUUGCCCGCUUUGGUCGCAUCCUCUCAGCUGAAACUGGAGAGCAGCAGGAGCGGGUGCACGCAGCCAGCAGCACCUGCAGCAGCAGCAGCCGUAGGAGAAACAGCAGCAGCAGCAGGAGCAGCAGGAAUUGAGGCUUGUUUGAUAGGCCUGCAGCUGGUAGAGGAGGUGCCGCUUCCUCCUCCUGCUGCCAGGCGGCGGGGAUCGGGAGCGGGAUCGGUGGGAUCGGGAUCGGGUUCGCUGGGAUCGUUGGGGGGGUGUGAAGUCUGCGGCAGAGACGAUGACUGGACCCGGCUGCUGCUGUGCGACUGCUGCGACAGCGCCUUUCAUAUAUACUGCUUGUCUCCUCCUCUUCCUGCUGUCCCUGAGGGGGACUGGCACUGCAGAAGGUGCAGCGAGCAGCAGCAGCAGCAGAGGCAGCAAAGGCAGCAGCAAAGGCAGCAGCAAAGGCAGCAGCAAAGGCAGCAGCAAAGACAGCAAAGGCAGCAAGCCAGGAGAGGAAGGCCACGUAGACAGCAGCAAGGAGAUGCAACAGAACGACGCGGAAGACGUGCACGCAGCAGCAGCAGUAGCAGCAGCAGAGCAGCAGCAGCAGCAGCGCCAGAAGCGGGGGCAAGGCCUAGGAAGAGAGUAAAAAAGGCAGCAGUAGAUGAAACUACAGCAGGUUCUGCUGCUGCUGCAGGUGCCGGCAACAGCAGCAGCAGCAGCAGCAACAGCAGCAGCAGCAGAAUUGCUGACUUCGACGCGUUUGCCCACAACGCCAGCGCGGGGACAAACGGAGGCGGAAGGCUUCAGAGAGUGGGACGCAGAGAAAGCAGCAGCAGCAACAGCAGCAGCAGCAGCAACAGCAGCAGCAGCAGCAGCAGAAGGAGAGUGCCUCUUCAGGCAGCAAGGCGCCUACGGAGACGCCGCCGCUCCUCGAGCGGUCUUGAGAGCUGCAGCGAUGACUCCUCAGACCUGCACGACUUCAUUGUUCACAGCAGCAGCAGAAGCAGCAUCAGCAGCAGUAGUAGCAGCAGCAGCAGCAGCAGCAGCAGCAGCAGCGCCAGCAGCAGCAGCGAGGACAGCAGCGACAGCGACAGCUGCACGGAAAUAUCCCCCAGAAACAACCGGCCACCGAACAGCAGCACAAACAGCAGCAGCAGCAGCAGCAGCAGCCGUGAUCGGAGCAGCAGUAUUGCUGCUGGUAGAAGAAUUUUGGGUACCCCAAUCGGGCCCCAGAGAAAUCAGCAGCAGCAGGACCAGCAGAGGCGGCAGCAGCAGCAGCAGCAGCAGCAGGGACAGCCAGAGCCUGCUGCUUCCGAAGGCAGGCCGUCGGGAGUGGACCCUGCUGCUGCUGUCAGCUUGUCGCAGCAGCGACAGCAGCAGCAACAGCAUCAACAGCAGGUAAAUCCACAGCAGCAGCAAAAGCCAGGAGCAGCUGCUCGAAGACAGAACGGUGUGCAGGCGCUGCUGCGUCGGUACUUUGUGACGCCAACUGGCAGGAACGGUGCAGACAGAAGCAGCAACAGCAGCAGCAGCAGCGGCAGCAGCAGUGUGACGCCAACUGGCAGGAACGGUGCAGACAGAAGCAGCAACAGCAGCAGCAGCAGCAGCAGCGGCAGCAGCAGCAGCAGGACGGGCUAG